AUGGUGAAUCCGAAGUUCAACAAACAGCAUGGGCAGCACAUACUGAAAAACUUGGGUGUGAUUGACACAAUAAUAGAAAGGGCAAGGAUAAAGCCAACGGACACCGUGCUGGAAGUGGGUGGAGGCACAGGGAAUCUGACGAUGAAGCUGCUCCAAAAGGCGAAGAAGGUGGUGUGUUACGAAAUAGAUCCCAGGCUAGCAGCGGAGCUAGCGAAAAAGGUGAAUGGGACGCCGGGGAUGGCACAGAAGUUUCAGCUAUUUGUGGGAGAUGCGUUGAAGCACGACUUCCCCCAUUUCGAUCUCUGCAUCACCAACCUACCGUACCAGAUUAGCAGUCCGUUUGUAUUCAAGCUUCUGAAGUACGACUUCAAGUGUGCGUUUAUAAUGUUCCAGAAGGAGUUUUCCGAUAGGUUGGUGGCAAGGCCUGGAAGUCCUGAGUACUGCAGACUAUCUGUCGGAGCACAGAUACUUGCGCAGAUAGACCAUGUUUUAAAGGUGUCGAAGAACAGCUUUGUGCCGCCACCAAAGGUCGAGUCGAGCUUUGUAAGGAUUGAGCCCCGGAUUCCAAGGCCGCCAAUAGACCUCGGGGAGUUUGAUAGGUUUCUGAAGAUAUGUUUUCUUCGAAAGAACAAAACACUCAGGGCAAACUUCAAGAACUCCUCUCUGGUCAGCAAGAUAAAAAACGACCCUAACUUUGAAAAUACUACGCCCGACGAUGUAUUUGAAAGGGUUCUGUCUGGAGCCGAUCUUGCAGGGGCAAGGGCUGCCAAGAUGGAUCUUGACGAUUUUCUUGCUCUACUGCUGGAGUUUAGGAAGGUGAACAUUUACUUUUGA